GGAAAAGGGAGCCGCCUGCUAGCCACUGCGCUAUAAGAAGGGCGGCGUCGCCUCGGGGAUGAAGCACGUGGAGACCAACACGUACAACAUCCAGCGGCUGCUGCACGUGAAGGGCAAGAAGAAUGUGGUAGCUGGAGAGGUGGAGAUGAGCUGGGACAGCUUCAACAAGGGGGACGUUUUCCUGCUGGACCUGGGCAAGCUCAUCAUACAGUGGAACGGCCCCGAGAGCAACCGCACCGAGAGGCUGAAGGGCAUGAACCUGGCCAAGGACAUCCGGGACCGGGAGCGGGGCGGGCGCUCCCAGGUGGGCGUGGUGGACGGCGAGGACGAAGACGCCUCCCCUGGGCUGAUGAAGAUCCUCACCCACGUACUGGGGGAAAGGAAGACGAUCAAGGCCGCCAUCCCCGACGCCGUGGUGGACCAGACGCUGAAAACCUCGCUCAAGCUCUACCA